GCGACAUGGCAAGUAGUGAUUUGGCAUAUUGGAAGGACACAGUGUGGACAGAUAAGCUAAGAACUCAAAGAACUGCAAGUGAAGAGCACAAGAUAAAGGAAAAGAAGAACAAAUUCUAUGGCGUCUGCAUUUGGAAUCUCAACUAAUCUCUGCAAAUUUAAAUGUUCCCAUCCGUCUUUUUCAUCAAACCAUGUUCUUGUUUCACAUUUAUCCACAAUUUGUUCUUCUACUGCUGUUGCUUAUCAAGUCAUCAAGCUCAAAAACUAUCUUCCCAAAGCUUCUGCUCAAGGAAUUCCGAGUGAGCUAAGUGGUGAUGAGGAAUCAAAGUUUGUUCCAUUGAAUGCUGAUGACUCUGUUUAUGGUCCGCCUGCGCUAUUGUUGUUGGGAUUUGAGGUGGAGGAGGCUGUGAAGGUGAGGCAGCUACUGCAAGAUUUGGGAGGUGAAUUCUUACAGAUCAUAUUUUGCACUGAAGACAUGAUUGCUGGCUCACUUUGGGAAGCAAUGAAUACAAGUCAAGCAGAUUUGGCAAAAGUGCAGAUAGCAAAGCCAUUGCCAAGAAUUUGCUUCUUGUCCGGCCUUAGUGGGGAGGACAUGAUGAUGUUCAUUGAUGCUUUUCCAGAAUCUGGUCUAGAAGAAGCUGUGUUUGCAGCUCUUGUUCCCAACAGUGCUAAUAAACCGGUGCAGGAAUUAAUAGAAGAAAUCAUAGGGGAUCAUGAAAUGCUGACUGGAAAACAGACGAGCUGAACAUACGCAAAAACAGAUUGGAAGCCAGAGGCAUUAGCUCAGCUAAACAUUGCUGUUGUAUUUCAUCAUGGAGAAUAGACACGCUGAGCGAUUUGCGUUCAUCUUUGUUUUUAUUCUAACGAAAUAACAACGGAUGUGUAGUGCACUGCGCUUGAGGCAAGAAUUCUUUGAUUACAGAUUGUUUUUGCAUA